GGUCCCGCCUCUCUGUCUUCUCGGGUUCUGCGCUGCGAGCUGCGGGUCGACUGGCGGAGUUACGCGCUAGAGCCCAACAUGGACGGUCGCGGCUACGGAUCAGGAUCAGGGUUCUCCAGCUGGGGUGGAGGAGGAUCUUCCAACAGAGGUUCAGGCAACUAUGACCUGUAUGGCUACAAAGACUCCAUGUCUGGAGGAGGUGGUUUUGGAGGUUAUGGGGGCAGAGGGGACCAGAUGAAGAGGAGUCUGUCCGGGGGUUCUCUUCUCUCCUCCACUGGAACGAAUGCAGACGCUGUAAUUGCCAAAAUCAACCAGCGACUUGACAUGCUUACACAACUGGAGGGAGGCAUGAAAGGAGGGAGUCGUGGUGACCGGUUUGACCAGUAUGAGUCUUUCGACUCGCGCUCCUCCGCCCUCGGCCCCCGUGAUCUCUACAGAUCCGGUGACUAUGGUUACGGUGACUCCCGGGGCGACAUGAUGGCCCAGCGUGGAGGCAUGGGCUUCGGGGCGAUGGGCGGGGCAGGAGGGGGUGGCGGCUUUGACAGCUCAGCCUCCUACGGAUCCGCCAAAAUGCGGCAGGCUCGAGACGCCUUCUCAGGCUCUGGCUGGGGGGCAGGGCAGAGGUCCCCACGCAGGGGCGGAGCGCCAGGGGGGCGCGGCUUUGGCCGUAGGCAAGAUCACUCCUCAGUUGGGGGUGGAGGUGGGCGGAGCGGGGGGCAAGGCCACUCCCCCUCAGGGCGAGGCAAGCUGCCGUCGCUCCUGGCCCCCCGCAUGUACCCCGACAGUGGGGCCUACCAGCCUCAGCAUGGCUCCCAGGACUAUCCUGUCCGGCACUUUGGAGGGGGCCCAAGGGUCAACCGUCAACGCACCCGCAAGAGACCCCUCAACCGACAGCAGGUGAAACCCCAGCGAGAUGGACAGAAGAAGAGGAAGCAGACUCUGACUGCGUCUGAUGAGCCAGAGUCUAAAAUAGGCAAGACUGAGACCUUCGGAGAUGAAAAGACAAAUAAUGCAGAAGCUGAGCAUAAAGGCGAGAAGAAGGAAGCUGGGACUCCUCAGGAAUCUGAACCAGUGGCUGAAGGAGCGAGUGGGGAUGCACCUGUCAAGGAGGAAAACUCUCAGCUGAAGACGAAGCAGCCGGGAAAGCAGACCCCGCCCUCUGCUUCCAAACUCAGAAAGAGGCGGGGCUUCUUUGAAAGGUCAGGGGUCAAGGUCACUGCUCAAAGGUUGACCUUUGCGUGCUCCAUCUGCAAGUUCCGCUCGUUCUACAGCGAGGAGAUGGCGGUCCAUCUGGAGAGCAAAUUCCACAAAGAUCACUUCAGGUUCCUGUCCAACCAGCUCUCAAAACCAACCACUGACUUCCUACAGGAGUACCUGAAUAAUAAAUACAAGAAGACGGAGCAGAGGGUUAAUCAGAUGGAGAACCACAGCGCCGCCAUCUGCCAGGUGUAUAAAGAGCAAGACUUGACCAGAGACAUCGGUAUGGAGCACUUUAUGAAGAAAGUAGAAGCAGCUCACUGUGCAGCGUGUGAUCUGUACAUCCCCAUGCAGUACUCACUCAUCCAGAAGCACCUCAAGUCUCCUGAUCACAACUACAACCGCAAGGGUAUGAUGGAGCAGUCCAAGAGGUCCAGUCUGUCUGUGGCUCGAAGCAUCCUCAACCACAAGGUCAUCGGCAAGAAGCUGGAGAGCUACCUGAAGGGCGAAAACCCCUUCACCGGUAACCAGGACGACCAGGACCCCGAGGACUCCAUGGUGAUGGAGGUUUCAGAAGGAGACAUGGCAAAUGAGAGCCUGAAGGAGGGGGGUAAAGCAGAAGAGGCGGGGCCUGGGACAGAGGGGGUGGAGCCAGCCCAAGAGGCCGUGGGGAACGGGGAUGGACACAAAGAGGAGAUGAAGAUAGAGGAAGGGGAAGGUAGAGAAGAUAUUGGAGGAGAGGAUGAGGAGGAGGGAGUGGAAGUGGGGGAGGAGGAGCUGAAGGCUGAAGGAGACGCUGAAGGAGACGCUGAAGGAGACGCUGAAGGAGACGCUGAAGGAGACGCUGAAGGAGACGCUGAAGGAGACGCUCAGCUGGGGGCAGCAGGAGACGCUGACCUCAUCGUGAUCGAGUGAAACCCCUUUAUUUACAGACGCUGUGGCUCAGAUGGGAUCAGGACCAGCAGGGAGAGAACCUGCACUGCAGUGAGAGUCUGAGACGCAGACAGACUGUGAUGUUUCUCGUUAGAGGAGCUUUUAGAACAUUUUAAUGAGAUUUUCAGUCUGUUUUACAUGUUUUUGCUUAGUUUAGAUGAGUUUAAGUUCACGGGCAGAUAAAUCACACGUGUUGUAUGUAAAAAUGCUGGAAAGACAAAAUGAUCUGCCAGCAUCGCUGAAAGAUCUCAGGAUGGAUAAUCUUUCAGUUAUGAAUCCUAAAACAGUCAGAAGAUGAGAAAUAUUAAUGUUUCCUAUGUUCUAAGACGUCCCACUCGCCAGCAGACGCAGUUUUUGAGUUCUCCACACUGAUCUGAGAUCAUUAUGACCUGAUUUUCUUACGUUACGUCACUUUUUCCUUGCCUGGGACUUUAAGGGUGGACGAUACACUUUACAAUGUUCUGUUUUUCUGAGUUCUUUUAAGGUGGAACCGGCAAAAUCCUAUAAACCCGCAGCCAACUGUCCGUUUCUUAAAGCUAUAGGCUACAGUCUUUAAAAUACAUGGCACAUCAAGGGUUCUUCAGUAAAGAAAAUGGUUCUAUAUAGAACAGUGAACACUCAAAGAACCCUUUGCAUGAUUAAAUGGUUCUUCACAUGGUGAAAUGGUUCUGCAGAGCUGGAGAAUUUGUGUAGGGUUCUAUAUAGCAACAGAAAGGGUUCUGCUAUUGUAAUGUCAGUCUUGUAACAGUAGAAGAACCGUUCUGUUAGUGCUAUGUGGAACGCUUUUCAAAAAGCCUCUAUAUACAACCAUUUACAACGUUCAGGCAGUCUGUAGAACCCUUGCACGAUGCGAAGAACCCUUCGCGUGAUUUAAAUGGUUCUUUGCAUCAUGAAAGGUUUCUUCAGAUUGAUGGAAAGUGUGUGUGUGUGUGUGUGUGUGUGUGUGUGUGUGUGUGUGUUUUGUGGGGGCAGCACCAAAAAGGCUUCUGCUAUGGUUACAAUAUCAAUCUUGUGGAAAAAAACUGGUGCUGUAUGGAACCCUUUUCAAAAAGGUUCUGUAUAGAACCAGAUAGAACAUUCCCGCGCAGUCUGCUGAACCCUUGCAUGAUGCAGCGAUACCUUUAAUCAUGCAAACGGUUCUUUGAGUGUUUAUGGUUUUGUAUAUAUUUGAGAUGGUUCUUCAAGGGUUCUUUAGUGAGGAAUCUGGAUCCAUAUAGAACCAUGAACAUUCAAAGAACAUUUUGCACAAUUUAGUGGUUCUUUGGUGAAAAAUCGUUCUGCAGAUUAGAGUAUGUUUGUAUAUGGUUCUAUGUAAGCACCAAAAAGGGUUCUGCUGUUAGUGUUAUAACAGUAGAGGAAAAAGUUUUGGUGCUAAAUGGAACCCUUUACAGAAAGGUUCUAUAUAGAAGCAUAAGCAUCAUUCUCAAACUGCAGAACCCCUGCACAACGCAAAGAGCCCUUUAAUCAUGCGAAGGGUUGUUCUAUAUAGAACACCCCAUGAUGAAGAACCCAGAUGGUUCUGAUCUGUGCGGAAGAGUCCGUCUGUAAGAAGCCGGUGACUCGGUACUGAAGCUGAUCCUGGACCAGCUCUCCGUCCCGCUCUCCUCACUCUGGACCGGUCAGAUGAAGCCCUCUCCUCGGUUCCUCACCCACAGAGUCCGCUCUGCUGUGUCUGUCCCCCUCGGAGCUCGUCUGUACAUACAUAGCCUGGUUCUGGUUCCGCCUUCGGUGGAGGAGUUUCUCUGCUCUGCGACCGUUCUGUCUGGACAGGUCACUCGCCUGCCAGUCAGUCUGGGGUGGUUCUUGUGUUCUGUUUGUGUAGAGGUGCUGAUGAACUGUUUCUGCUGAGAUCUGAGAAUAAAUGUUUGUAAAAUCAUGA